GCCGGGAAGCGCACUCGUGUUCUAACAUUUAUCAAAACAAUAUGAUAUACGAUUUUAUCUUAGUAAUUAUAACUCGUCCUAAAAUUAUAUGAUAUUUUUAAUUUACUGGAGAGUUGACAGUAGUGUGUGACACGAUUUUUUGUGAAAAAAGCAAGUUUGUGUAUUGAAAUAAAAUUGCGCGUAGUUAUAGUGUUUAGUGUCAUGUUGUUAUUUGUAAAGUGAAAUAAAAUAAUAAGUGAACACAAAUAAAUGAAGAGCAUUUUAUAAGAGGUCCUUCUUUAAGUUUCCAAAAAGAAAUUCACAAAUAAAUAAACUAUUAAAUAACAAAUAAACAAUGAAAGUGUACACUCACCUUUAUACGUAGGGUUGUCACAAAAUACCUAAACAUAGGGUUAGGUACCACAAAAAUGUUUCCACGGACUCAGAGUGUGAGGUGAUGUCGUCGUGGACGAAGGAACUGGACGACGCUACCAUCCUGGCCACCAGGUCGGGGUGGUGGCAUGUGCUGCUGUUCUAUCUGCUCUGUGGUCUGGCUGCUAUACCCACGUCGUUCUUGGUUUUUUCACAGGUGUUCACAAACGCAUCUCCAGAGCACUGGUGUGCUGCACCUCCAGAACUAAAUAUCCUGGAUCUCGAAGACCAGCUGUAUCGCAACCUGACGGUACCAGGCAAACAUGGGGUGUAUGAAACUUGUUCAGCGUAUAACGUUGAUUCGGAGGAGUUCUUUAGAGUUCUUCAUAAACUUAUUAACAGAUCACAACCGCAGCUAAAUACGACUUAUUAUGAAGAAAAGCCUCAAACAAUACCGUCAUCAAUAAUAGAAGAAGCUAUAUUAACAGUACGAAGUAAGGAGCCGACGCCAUGUCGCCAUGGGUGGACUUUCAGCUCAGAAUUAUACAAAAGGACUUUAGUUACUGAGUAUCUUCUGGUAUGCGAUAAAGACUGGGUACCUAGGACGAGCAAUUCCUUAUUUUGGGUUGGUUCCAUCUUUGGAAAUCUAUUUUUUGGCUGGAUGUCUGACAGAUACGGUCGUCGCCCCACAAUCCUACUCAUGAUCUUUCUAGAAGUUCCAAUAUCUAUUGCCACAUCAUUCCCUGGUAAUUACUGGAUAUAUAGUGGUCUAAGAAUACUUUGCGGGUUGUUCUUCCCGGCGUUGUAUCAGUUGCCAUUCAUUUUGGCUUUGGAAUUGAUGCCUCCAGCCAAAAGAACGAAUGCAGGUAUUGUAGUGGGCAUGCUCUUCGCAACCGGCAUGUGCUUAUUGGCUGCUGUGGCAUAUGUGAUUCGAGACUGGUUCCAUCUAUCUCUGGCCACGAGUUUACCAUUCGUCUUUUUAUAUGGAUAUUUUUGGAUAUUACCAGAAUCUCCAAGAUGGUUAGUUGGAAGGGGCAGAAUAGCGGAUGCUGAAAGAGUAUUUAUAAAUAUAGGAAAGAAAAAUGGUAUUUCUUUGCCUCGUGGUUUUCUUAUCACACUUCAUAAAAAAGUAAAAGACGAAGAAAUGCAAGAAGACCAUUUAUUAAUAGUUCCAAAUGGAACACUAAAUAGAGAUAGACGAAUAAGUAACAUGAUCACAUUUAAACCUGAUUUUAUUAAAGUAACUGAUACAAGUGAAACUAAUGAACCUCAUAUAGUAUUGAAUGUAAAUAACGAACUAAACGAUAAAGAAGACUUAAAUGUAAGUGUAAAUGAAUCUCAAGUAUACGAAAAUAGAGACACAAUUCAAGAACAGACAUUAAAAGUACCUAUGAGUGCACUGAGAAGGAAAUCAAUACAAAUAGUUAAUAGAAUAUUGAGUCAAGAAGACGAUGAAGAUGUUAUAGCAAGUAAAAUUAUAGACGAUCAGAAUUCAGAAGGUGAUUGUGAAGCGUCACCUAUGGAUGUUUUCAGAUAUCCGAAUAUACGGAAAAAGUUUUUUAUAUUAACCUUCAAUUGGGUGUCUCUAGGAAUAGCGUAUAAUAGUUUAAGUUAUAACACUCCUAAUUUGGGAGUUAAUGAUUAUUUGGCGUUUUUCAUUGGAGGUGCAGUGGAAUUACCAUCAUAUUUUAUAGCGUGGCAAUGUAUAGAACGUUAUGGAAGACGUUGGGUGUUCUUCAGUUUUAUGACAAUCGGCGGAUUUGCUUGUCUUUGCUGCGCUUUUGUAUCCGAAGAAUGGCCCUGGAUAACAGUGUCCCUCGCGAUGCUGGGAAGAUUAUCAGCGGCUGCGUCCUUCGCAGUAUUCUACGUGCAGAUCGGGGAGUUACUACCAACAGUGCUAAGAGCACAGGCCAUGGGCGCUGCGUCGUUCAUCUCUGGUAUUGGUCUACUCGCCUGCCCGUAUAUUGUGUAUCUGGCAGUAAUCUUCAGAUCCCUCCCUCUAAUCAUCAUAGGAGUGCUCAGUCUACUUGCCGGUUUGGCUUCCCUCUUCCUGCCUGAGACUCUGAACCGACCUCUCCCUCAAACGUUGGGAGAUGGGGAAGUUUUUGGACGAAACUUUAAGAUCUUCAGCUGCGUGCCGCCGAGCGAUGAUGAAUCUUAAAUUUUUAAGUUUAGAUAGGUUAGAUAUUGUGUAGUUUCGAUUAUAAUUAUAAUAAGUAAGUAAAUAAUGUAUGUAUAUUUACUGUAAUGUAAAACGUAGGUUAAUAAUUGUACAUAAAAGAGUUGGAAAAAUGUGGUAAAGAAUCAAUAAAAUAUAGUGUUAAUUUAUAAAUUUAAGUAGGUAGGUAUUCAAUGUUAAAGAUAAUGUUCGUGUCCUGUAAAUAAUUAUAAUAUUAUAAUUUAUACCCUAAUAUAAGCCAUAUAUUUUUUAUUAAAAUUAACUAAUAAUA